CCAGUUUUCCUCAAGAUACAGCUGCACGAUUCAAUGGAGCUGCCACACUUUCUGGAGCGGGAGUUUCGCGCUGGUGUACAAACAACUGGACUUCCAAACAUACACGCUGUUCGGAAGACGAGGGUGUAGUUUAACUGUUUGAAUGUUAUUAUGGCUGUUUGUGACUCGAAACCCGUUCCCGCGAAACUGCUCAAUGCCGCGCCUCCGUACGGACAUGUUAUCGUUAAUGAGAAGUGGAGGGGCUCAACACUCGUGCAGUCUUUAAAAGGGAGUGUGAAGACAAUCUUUGAAGAGGAGCUUGGUGUUGUGGACUUCUGUCUCAGUAAUAAAACAUGUGUCCUGUAUGUGACAGAGAGCGAUCUGGUUGCCGGAAGUGGCCACAGGAGGAAGAUUGCCCGCUUUAGAAAUGCAAACAGUGGUCUGCAGGGUAUUGUGAUCGUGGAAAAGACUCAUCUGAGUGAGCAGUAUUUCAGCGGACUGCAGAAGUUUGUUGUUUUUGAGUUGGGUCUGACUUUAUUACCUGUGUCCAGUCCUGUUGAAGCGGCUCAGCUCAUAGGGCAACUGGUUCUUGGAGAGAACAAGGAGAACCCAUUUCGCAGGAAAAGUGUGUCUAGACUGCUGGAACCGGUAGUGUUGAAUCUAGUCCAACAGAUUCCUGGGGUUGGAAAGGUGAAGGCUAUGUUACUUCUUCAGACGUUCCCCAGUAUUUAUGAGCUCAGCGGUGCUUCAGUGGAUGAGCUUGAGCCUAUAGUGGGCCAGAGUACAGCCCAAAACAUUACAGCAUUCUUCCAUACCCAGUUCACAUAAACUCUGAUAUUCUCCAAUCUGCCACAUUAUUUUACCCAUAGCUUGUCAAAUUUUAUUUUGUUAAUAUUGAAUGAAUAUAUCUUAUCUUCUCAUUUGUCGAUAUGUAACCUUACCAUCAUAUGGACAGUAGUGUUUAGCACUGAGGUCAACAGUCAACAAAAGACGGCACUGACGACUUGAUACACAGGGACAUAUAGAGAAUGUGUAUGUCUCCAUAUGUAAAUAUAUUGUAUUUAUGUUACUUGUUGGUUGUCUUCUUUGUACAGGAUGGUAGUGGCACAGGUUAAAUAAAAAUGUAUUUUAAUUUGGAAACAUUGGAUUUAACUUUGUGUCCUCAAGUCGAAUUAAAGAAACAUGUCAUUAUACUUUGCAUGAAAUGAAGCCUAUUUAUUUUCCUGUAAAUUAAGCUAUG